AAUUAUUUCAUUCGAACCAACGAAAAUUCUCAAUUCUGUCUCCAUUUAUUAUUAAAUGCUUCGAAACACUGUCUUUCUCUCUCUACACCUUCACCCUUUCCUCUUCUUCUCUUCUCUUCUCUUCUCUGUUGCUCAUAAAUUCUCUGGUGUGUUACUUCCAUCUCUCUCUCUCUCUUUUUCUCUACAAACAGUCAAUUCAAUUCAAUUCCAUCUACUAUCUACAAUGCUUUUGUCUUUCGGUGUUUUCAUGGUGGGUUUUUAAUGCCUCUCUUUCACUCUACUCAAAUGUUUAGCUGACCCUGACCCAUCUCAUUGUUUCAACGUUUACGGAAUUAUUCUUUGAAAAUGGGAGUUGAAAAAGAAGGGACAAAGAAUGGAGGAUAUGUUGGUGGUUUUCUCCACUUGUUUGACUGGACCUCGAAACCCCGUAAGAAAUUAUUUGCAUCCAAGUCAGAUUUACCAGAGCCUAUGAAGAAGGAAAGAAAAGCCGAUUACAAUGUGGCACCCUAUCUGAUGGAUGAUGAUGAAAAUGGAGUAGGUGCAAGUGCUAGAGGAAGCUGUGAUCAUAGCUAUGCUUCAUCUGUUACAGAUGAUGAAGCAUAUGGAACAAGGCCCCCCAGCGUAGUUGCCAGGCUUAUGGGAUUAGAUUCCUUGCCUCCUUCCAGUUUUUCUGAUCCGUAUGGCACUCCAUAUUCUGAUACUCGAUCCCUUCAAGAUGCUCAGUACUUCAGGAAAAACCUCAGUCAUCAGCACGAUUGUCAGGCUUUAUAUUCUGGAAACCUCGUCGAAAAGAUUGAGGGCUCUUCUAGGAACUUUAUGGAGCCAAAACCUCAAAAGACCAUUACCAGGCCAAUUGAAAAGUUCCAAACUGAAGUACUGCCUCCAAAAUCAGCUAAAUCAAUUCCUGUUACACACCACAAACUUUUGUCUCCUAUUAAGACUCCUGGCUUUGUUCCAACAAACAAUGCCGCUUAUAUAAUGGAGGCUGCAGCAAGAAUUAUUGAACCUGGAUCCCAAGCUAGUGGAAAGGCUAGAGCACUGCUGGCAUCAUCAUCAACAACAUCACUGAGGGUUAAAGAUCUCAAUAAGUUUGAGCCUUCGCCAAAAGGACCUUUAAUUGGGCCAUCUUCCAUGACCUCUAGAGUUCGAGAUCUUAAAGAAAAAAGAGAAACUUCUCAGAGAACAACCAGGCUUUCAGAAACUUCACAUAGGCCAGUUGAAUCAAAUGCUGUCAAGUAUUUAAAAGGACAAUCUUUGAACAGAAGCUGGAAUGGAUCUGUGGAUGCAACCAUCAGACCUCCUUCACAUGCAGAAGAAGAUUCUUCUUCGAAGAAAAAGGGGAGAUCUAUUUCACUUGCGAUCCAAGCGAAAGUGAAUGUUCAAAGAAGGGAAGGUUUGAGUGGUGGCAAAAGUUUGACGGGCCAAAAAGAGCAUCUUGACAGUAAAUCCAAUCAACCAUCAAGGGCAAAUGUUCAGAGAAAUUUGCAUAAGAAAUCUUCUGGUCAGAAUUCUUCUGGUGUUCUCAGGCAGAAUAAUCUGAAACAAAACUAUUCAAUUGAUAAAGACAAAUUACCAUCAAAGCCAUCAGUUUCCAAUUCACAAGGUAGAAAAGUUCCGAAUGGGGAUUCCUCGUAUGGACGUCAUAGAAGCUCUAGUGGUAAAUCCAUUGCAAAAUCUAAAGUUGGAUCCAAAAAGUCAGCCAUGGAGGUGACAGACAGUGAAAAGGAAGUUUUGUAUACAAGCACAAACAAUUUUCCUAGAAAGAAAAGGUCUACUGACAAGGACUGGAAUGAUAGGGCUGUGGAUAAUUUGUUCAUUGACAAAACUCCGAAGCCUGUUAAGUCUAAUCAAGUGAGCAAUAAACAAUAUGGUUGGGGUGAAGAAGUAAAAAAGAAAGACAUGGAUGUAGUUUCCUUCACAUUUACCACACCAUUAGCAAGGAGCAAUCCAUGUUUUGAGACAUCUGGACAAGCUAGCCAGAAUUAUAACGGUCCUUCAUUGGAUCAACGCAUUAAAAGAGUGUUGCUUGACACAGACAAUUCAAGGUCUCCAAUAGGAUACAAUGUAAUUGGUGGCGAUGCCUUAGGUAUCCUUUUGGAACAGAAGCUGAGGGAAUUAACUGGUGGAGUUGAAGCCUCUUCUGAUGACGUUUCUAAAGUGAGGCAACCUUCCGUUUCUGCACCGAUGUCUGAUGGCCAAGUAACCAACCUCAACUGGAGAUUGCAACAGAACAAGGACCAAGAUGUGUUGUCUACAAACAAGUUAAGCAGUAGCCAUGAUUCUGACAUCUCCUUCAGUAGUCUUCCUGAAUUAUCAUUGAAACACAACUCAUGGGUUGAUGAAAUGGAACCACAGUUAUUCAAUUGCCGAGAACCAAGUCCAAUCUCUGUUCUUGAGCCAUCUUUUUCAAUUGAAAGCUAUGAUUCCUCAAUGAGCACGGACUUUACUAGUACGGAAGGAAGCAAGUUGUAUUCAACUGUUCAAGUUCAGGAAGUUCAUGGCUUGAAUUUUUCAAGGAACUUCUAUAUUAAUGAAUAUGACACUGAGUUAUCUGAUUCUGCUUCUUCAACAUCAACUGGGACCAUGGUGAAGAAGCACACAGGUACAUUUUCUGCAAUGAAGUUUGGAAGAUCAAAUACAUGGGAGUUGGACUAUGUUAAAGAUAUUUUGUGCAAUGUUGAGUUGAUGUAUAUGGAUUUUUCCCUUGGUCGAGCUCGCGAGAUUGUAAACCCUCAUUUAUUCAACCAGUUGGAAAGCCGAAAGGGUGGAUUUAAGAGUGAUGCUGAAUCUAGGAUUCAGAGGAAAGUUAUAUUUGAUUGUGUGAGUGAGUGUAUGGACUUAAGAUGCCGGCGUUAUGUAGGUGGAGGAUACAAAAUGUGGACUAAAGGGGUUGCAAUGGUGAAGAGAAAGGAAUGGUUAGCAGAAGAUGUGUACAAGGAAAUUUCAGGGUGGAGAGGGAUGGGGGAUUCAAUGGUAGAUGAGCUUGUGGAAAAGGACAUGAGCAGCCAAUAUGGAAAGUGGCUAGAUUUCGAGGUUGAUGGUUUUGAACUUGGCACAGAGGUUGUGGACCAAAUAGUUAAUUCUUUGUUUGAUGAUGUUGUCACUGAAAUCUUGCAAUUGUAAACACGUUAUUGAUUUAUUUUGGUGCUGUUUGAUCUUGUUGAUUAAUUCAUGGAAAUUGGAUUAUCAA